AGCAGCUGCUCCCUGACCAAUGAGGACUGGAGCAUGGGGUCCAGUGGACAGGACUAAAAGCUGUGACAGAGACCCAACGGGACAGUCAAGCCCGGCUUACCAGGGCAAAACCCAGGAAACAUCAUGUCUGGGAAAAGAAGGUGCAGCUACUCCCGUAAGAAUAAGAAACAGAUCCUCUCCCGGUCCUCAAGAGCAGAGCUACAGUUCCCAGUCAGCCGUGUAGACCGCCUCCUGCGAGAGGGACACAAUGCCUACCGCCUAUGUUCAUCCACUCCUGUGUUUCUUGCUGGAGUGCUCGAGUAUCUGACAUCCAACAUCCUUGAGCUGGCAGGCAAGGAGGCCCACAAGAGCCACAGGAUGCGCAUCACCCCAGAACAUGUGGAAAGGGCAGUGGAUGGGAACCAGCACCUGAGCUACCUCUUUGAUGAGGAUAACACAAAUCAUACUGAGAUGCUCCAAGCCAGGAAGAACUGAUCAUCUGGGCCCCAGAGCCGGGCAGAACAUCAUCAACAGCUUUGUUUAACGCUCAAAACUCCAUCGAUGAGGAGGCCUGGUCUUCUACUGUUAAUAUGCGGUAUUAAAGUGUUUAAAUACCAAAGAAAAA